UCGAAAAGAUCCACGCUCGUCUAACUCGGGCUCCGUGGUUCAGGGUGGCGGAUGACGCAUAUUCGGAUUCCUAUACGGUUCCCGCGAAGGCGGCGGGUUAACGGAGCGACGUCGUCAAGCUCUGAACGGCGCUGUGAGCAGCACAGCGGGGUUUACUGACUUCCACCCGAGGGGACUCCACGUCAGCCCGGGCGAGAACGCCGCGCCGCCUCCAUCGCCUACCGGUCCUCAGUGAACCGCCCCGACCCACAAACAGACAUGGCUCCCUUCGAGAAAUCCAUGGAGAUGAUGCCCUUUAAGCAGAGGAAAUGCCUCGAAACGAGAAAGGAUGAAGUGUGCACCAUUAGGACUAAAUUCCCCAACAAACUGCCCGUGAUUGUUGAACGUUACAUCCGUGAAAAGACUCUCCCCCUGAUGGACAAAACCAAGUUCCUGGUUCCCUUCGAGCUCACCUUGGGCCAGUUCCUCUGUCUGCUCAGGAAUAAGAUUUCAUUGGACUCCACCCAGGCUUUGUUUCUGCUGGUGGCGGAGAAGAGCAUGUCCUGCAUGUCCUCCAGCAUGGGGGAGGUUUAUUCCCACCACAGCGACACCGACGGCUUCCUCUACAUCACCUACGCCUCGCAGGAGAUGUUUGGAGCGCCUCGGCCGCGCUGAGACUGAAGCAAAUGAACGCGAAAUGACCCGGAGGAGGAUCUGAACCGACAAACAACCCAACUGGAGGCAAAAAAAGAAAAAGAGCCACGCAGCCACAAACUGCAUUUCAGGCCUACCUCACGAAGCCUUCUGGGCUUUCAAACACAGCGAAUCGCCACUGGACCAGACUCGCACGGAGGAUUCGUUGCAGACAGAUUGAUUGCUUGAGUGGAAAGUCAAUACAGGUGCAAUAGUCAAUAGUCAGUGAUUGUUGUCUCGUGAUGUUUUUCAACAUCUGCUCUUCAAAUAGAUCCGAGGCAUUCGAUGCAAACAGACCUGUGGUAACUUUGCUGUAAUGCUGUAAAGCCUCAGCCACCAUCUCCACUCCAACAGGGUCAAUGUCUUGCUGGUUAUCAGACUCCUGCUCAGCACUUAUCUCUUCUCCCUUCGUUGAUUGCCUCUUUCAUCCUCGUGUUCCCUAGAAAUGUGAAACGGUGCUGCGGAUUCUUGAGGCACUCAUUGAAAACAUGGAUGUCAAUUGAAAUGCUGCUCUUUUUCAUUUUCAAAAAAUAAAUCCCUG